UGAAAGUAACUUUUUGUUACCCUUCCCGCCAGAAGCAAUGGCUGCAGAAAGUCUCCGGGAUGAACUUUCUUGUCCCAUCUGCCUGGAGUAUUUCACAGACCCGGUGACUAUUGAGUGUGGGCACAACUUCUGCCAGGUCUGCAUCAGCCAGUGCUGGGGGGAGACGGAGCCAAACUUCUCCUGCCCCCAGUGCAGAGAAACCGCCCAGCAGAGAAACCUGCGGCCCAACAGGCAGCUGGGGAACGUGGUGGAGUUAGUGAAAGGACUGAGGUUCCAGGUGGUGACAGAGCCCAAGUGGGAGAGAAUGUGUGAGAGGCACCAGGAGGCUCUGAAACUGUUCUGUGAGGAGGAUCAAACCCCCAUCUGCGUGGUGUGUGAUAAAUCUAAGGCUCACAGAUCUCACAAGGUGGUUCCCAUAGAGGAGGCUGCCCAGGAGUACAAGGAACAAUUGCAGACCCGACUGCAGGCUCUGAAAAAAGAGAGAGAAAAGCUCCUGGGAUGGAAACUGACAGGAGAGAAGAGAAGCUCACAGUACCUGGGAAAGACAGAAGCUGAGAGAGAGGAAAUUGUGUCUCAAUUUAAGCAGCUGCACCAGUUUCUGGAGAAAGAAGAGCGACUCCUGCUGGCCCGACUGGGAGAUCUGGAGAAGGAGAUUGUGAAGCUGCAGGAUGAAAAUAUCACCAAACUCUCCGCUGAGAUUUCCCGUCUCAGCGAGCUGAUCAGCGAGAUGGAGGGGAAGUGCCAGCAGCCAGCGAGUGAAUUCCUGCAGGACGUCAGAAGCACGUUGAGCAGGUGCGAGAAGGGGAAGUUCCAGAAGCCAGUGGCGAUUUCUCCAGAUCUGGCAAAGAGACUUGGUGAUUUUACCCAGAAAAACAUUGUACUAAAGGAGACUCUGAAGAAAUGCCAAGAAACUCUGAUGUUUGAACUGCAGACAGCAAGUAAGUGGAUCUCUGUGAAUGUGACUCUGGAUCCAGACACGGCUCAUCCCCAACACGUCCUGUCUGAAGACUGGAAAUGUGUGAGAUGGGGAGACACACCACAGCGACUGCCCAACAAGCCUGAGAGAUUUGUGCUGGCCUGUGAGGGAUUCACCUCAGGGAGACAUUGCUGGGAGGUGGAGAUGGGGUGUGGGCGAUGCUGGGCUGUAGGAGUGGCCAGAGAGUCUGUGAGGAGGAAGCGGGGGUUGAGUUUUAACCCUGAGGAGGGGAUCUGGGCUGUGCAGUGGCUGCAUGGGGAUCAAUAUCAGGCUCGCACCGCCCCUGAGUCCACAGUGUUACUGGGCUGGAUCCCCGGCAGGAUCCGGGUUUGUCUGGACUGUGACGAGGGGCAGGUGGCAUUUUUCAGUGUUGAAAACAAGGCCCUGAUCUUCACUUUCCCACCAGCGUCUUUCAAGGGGGAGAGAAUCCGCCCUUGGUUCUGUUUCUGGGACAGUGAAACCCAGCUGAGACUCUGUUCCUGAUGCACAAGGUUAUCUAUCCCCCUGCAGUCCAUGAAAUGGGCUUCUCAAGCCUCUGGCACCCUCAUUUCUUUGACCCUGGAAUCUAAAGUGGGCUGGUGACCUGUUCUCCCCCCUACAAACAAACAGACAAACCCACCCAACCCUCAGGGACAUUGACCAGCCUGUUUGUCACUGUUCUCUAUGAUCCCGGAGGACUCUAGCAUUCUGCCUGGUCAGAGAGCAAGAGGAGGAGUCCUUGGUGAGGGAGGACAGUACAGGUGGCAAAUAUUUGGGGCACGGGAGGGGCAGGAGAAAAUGGCUAAUCUUCACUUUUGAUGAGUGUUUUCUAGAAUUUAACGAAGGUAUUUUUAUAUCAAGCCCGCGGAGGUUGUGUUUUAUGGUUCCCACGCUCAGUGGCUGCUGCAGGCGUUUUUGUUUUUUCACCAAGUGGAUUCUGUAUCUUCACAGCUGUAAAAAUGCUGAAAUGUUUGUGUCUCACAAUGAUUUCUCCUGUCUACUGCUGGGUAAAAUAUAGCACUAAACCCAGAAGCCAUCAGAA